AGAGUCGAAGUUUAUCAGCGAAAACAGACAACGACGUCACAAACGUAUGUCGGAAACCACCUCGUGUUCCCGCGAACAUUUCCGUCGGUCGGCGGAAUCGAAGGUCGAGCAACUGUUCGAUCUAGUGUCACGUGUCGACAGGAAGCUCGCGCGGCCGGGCGACCUGGUUGCUACUUCUUGAGCAAUUUCGCAUCCGUGCCGAGCGAGCCCAUCAAGUACAGCGCAAACGGAAACGGAAGUCGCGAGUUUCUCGCUCUGGAGUACCAUUCGCCGCACGUGUCUGCGAUUGACAUCGAAGUCAGGGCGAGUUACAAUGCCGCCCUCGUAAGUGGAUCUUUCGGUCGUAUCAGUAAAGUUUACGUGGACAGCACGGCACUUGAUCAUACUGUAGUUACGGUCGUUAUAACCAACACGGGGCUAACUUCGAUGUUCUAUCGGUCAAAGAUCACCGACUGUCCUGAUGGACUUUCGGAAUCCUGGGUAAAUGUUACGUUUCCUAGGAAAAUAGUUCUACCUCAACGUGAUCAAACAGUGAGCUUGAAUCUCUACGGCGAGCUGUCCAUAAGCGAGUUUUACUGUUCUGUGCAACUGGAGAAUCGUAUCGGAGAACUGGUGGCCAGCAGGAGGAUAAAGAUACGAAAAAUGGAUCGUUGCUCUUGCGUACUGCACUGCUUAUGCGUGUGUGUUGGCGACACGCGUGGCACAGACUGCCGACCGAUAUCCCCCGAGCUUUAUCACGCCGCGGGAUUUCGCGGUCCUGUUCCCCCGGCCACUCACGGCAUUUUCUCAGACACAAAAGUAGAUGUAAUGCUCUUCGUCGUCUCGUUGAUGUUUCUUUUACUUUUCAUGGGUUUAUUGAAAUGGAUCAUCGGUCUACGCUCGCCGGCCGUCGGACGCUGGGGUCUGGAUUCUUUGCUGGAGUGCAGAAGAAUGUCGGAGUACUUGGAGCGAGAAUUAAAAUGUAAAUGCGUGGUGACGGACGAGCACGGCGCACCGGUGCAUCCUGAAACACGGAAGAAAACCGUCAGAAUAUGCAGCAGAAAAACGGAAUUCUUCCUGAACGCAACGUUUUUCCUAAUCUUUCCAUUCGCGGUUUGCUGCUAUCGUUUCAAGAAGUUGUUUCGGAUCAGCCGAAGACGCGAUUCGGACAAAUCUGAAAUCAGUUCGACGAACGAUAAGACCGAGCGUCCGGAAACGAUCUGUGUGAGCACUUAUGGCGAUAACCGAGACUCGCAAAUGGAAGCCGAGGACACUAAGUACGUGAUAGACGAACUGAAGAAGUCUGAAGAAGUGUUACGCAAUCACAGUAGAAGUGGAAGAAACCGCUGCGCAAAACAAUGCCGUUCACACCAUUAACACCGUUCCGAGAGCACGGAAAUAAUUCUACUUUAAUUGCUAUAGAAAUUCGAAGAAUCGUCUUGACGUAUUUUCGACGAAAGAUAUAUUUUUGUAAUUAAUUACCGUUUAGAUUGUU